AUGUCCAACGAACUGACCACUUGAGUUGAGAAUUAUCUUAGCAGGAAGUUUCCCGGAAUAUUUGACCUUUUCUCGAAGUCGCCUUGACUUUCAAAGUUCCACAAAGUCCUGGUGGCAAAGGUAACCAGCUUAUCUACCUUCAAUAUACUUCUAUACAGACUUAAAUAACUCAGCCGCGCGAAAUCUGACAUCCAGUCCAAUAUCAAUAGCCCUCAUAGUGAGCUAAGGGACGGUCUGCAGCUCCCAAUCUUUUGUCUCUCGACCCUGGUAUUUUAGCGUUUUUUUAUGGUGAAACGGCUCCCCUGGCCUUUCUUAUUCCCACGCUACAUGGAAAUCUUUACUACACACAACGUAUCGAGAUAUUAGUACUAAUUCUCAAUCCUUGAGAUCUCUUGAGAAUCAUUAUUGACAAGCAUAGUUGUGAAAACUCCCACAGAUCGGAGUCAAACCGUUUGUCUUCUCUUCUAGGCGAAACAUGCCUGAAAACCAAUAUCCCAAAAUUCUUCGUCCAUGAUUCGACACAUCAGUAACGACGAGAACCUUACACUACCUUUGGAAUGACGCUUAAAAGAAACUUGGUUUCCUGCACAAGUCUUUCGAUUCCAGAAGCAGCAGAUUCACGCAGCACCUUCCAAACUUCGCUCUUCCCAAUCUCUCCACAUCCAUUCCUAUAGAUGUGAUAGACGAGGAAUUGCUCCUUUCAUGUUUCGACCCUACACGACUCUUCUCUGCAGGCUUUUCACAUCGGCACUUCUCGAGAAUCACGAAGUGCACUUGGUUCGCUGGUAAACAUCGCCUAGAAAUAGCUCUGUAGGUGGGUGUCGACCGAUUCGGGGCCUUUUUAUAACCUUAGAUUGCUUCUUGAUCCAUCGAAUUCUUCGUUCUUGACCCGAACCCUAUAUUCUUCCAUCGCCUUCCUAAGUACUCGUUUAUCGAUACUUUUGUCACCUCGCACAUUCCUUAAGCCUUGUGUUGAGACAAGAAUCAUUGUUACGCCUUGAAUCGGCAUUUAUUCCCACAAUGUCGGCGCCUAGUCUUCGUACUCUUCUUCCCAAUAACACAGAUACUACUAUUAAGGAUGGUUCUAGUAAUUCGAACAAUAGAAAUCUUACACCAGACACAUCCGGAACAUCAGCCACUUCAGGCUCUAAUCAACCUGUAUCCUCCGCAGCCAUCGAUAAGAAGACGGAAAAUAUUGCACAUAUGGCGAAGAAGAGGAAGGUGCCAGCUUCAAUAACUGCAAACGCUUGCGGCAAUUGUAAGAAGGCUAGAUCAAAGGUAAGCGAUUUGAAUAUUAUCCGCUAGUCUGACGGACUUGACCUAUGAUCUUAAAACCGCAGUAUGAUUGUCUGGUAGCUAAUUUCUACACAGUGUGAUGGUAAACAACCUUGCGGUCAUUGUGUUAGGAAGAAUCCGCACAACGAACCAUGCAUCUACGAACCCCAUGUCAAGAAUGCGAAGAUGACGUUGGUCAAAGACCUGAAAGAGAGCCGUGCUAUCAAACAUAUGGCAGAGAAGAUCUUUAAAUGUCUAGCGAAUGACACUGAGAACGAGCAAGAAAUUCUCGAGCGCAUUAAGCAUGGAGAUUCGAUUACUAGCAUAGCCCAUUGGCUGGAAUCUAUGGAUAGCAAUGGCGAGUCGCAGCCGUCUACGUUCGGAGGGUCCGAUAAUGAGGUCGACGGUGAUAUAUCUAAGGGAUUUUCCUGGACAACAGUGACGGAUGAGGGUGAAGUAACCGAGCAUCUGAUCGCACUCUAUUUCACCUGGGUCCACCCGUUCCACCCUUUAUUCAACGAAGGACAUUUUGUGAAAAGUAUGCGGACUGGAUCGGAGGCAUUUUGCUCGCACAGUCUUUUUAAUGCCAUCUGUGCCAUGGGAUGCUAUCUACAUACCUACGAGGAGGACGAUAUUAUUGACUAUAAGCAGGUGGGCGGUCACUUCUGCGAUUUGGUCAGGAGUAGCAUCAAUCCAGAAGAUAAAAGUCUAACGACUAUCCAAGCAUUUGCAGUAAUGUUCUUGGUACGGUGUGCACAAGGACAAGGCUUGAGUGGUUCCGUGUACUUGACCGUCGCAACCAGGUCUAUGGAGAGCCUCAGACCGAGUGACAAUGACGACGUUGAUUAUCGACAAAUCUGGAGAGAAACAGUCAGAGGCAUAAAUAGCUUGAAUGUGUAAGUGUCCCGCUUGUUCUAGCAAUCCAAGUCUAUUGUGAGCAUGCUAACAUCUUCAGCGAAUGGGCUCAAAUGACUUUCAAGAUGGCACCAGCCUUUAUUCCGGAGCUGCAGCCAACUCGAUAUGCCGAGGAAAUAAGAAAAUGGGAGGGUGAAGUUGACCAGCUCAGCUGGAAACAAUAUCGAUUUCCCGAGGAUUUCAGAGGUGAACCGACAUUCCCCUGUCUCACGGCAACAACCAGCCGUGAAAAGUCGAAGCUCAUUGAAAUCAUUCGCGAUGCGACGAUACUCUUAUACAACACGACUGGUCCUCAGAUAUAUGCUGAAGACUUGUUGGCUAUUUAUCGAAGGCUAUUGAAUUGGCGUGAGAAUCUACCAGAAAAGAUUGCUAGGACAGGCAAAAAGGACUCUCAAGCGCUGCCACAUGUGCUUUCACUGCAGUAAGACUCAUUUCCCUUUCUUUAUCCACCUUUCUGUGACAGCGCAUUGACUAACUGCGCAGUAUAUUGUAUGCCACAGCGACAGUUCAUCUUCUAAGCCCACUACUGGCAAUGGGAGAAUCUCCUGUUGGCCCACUAGUUUGGCAGCAUGCCCAAGAAGGGCUUAACCUUGUUGAGGAUGAAUAUCGCUUUCAGUAUUCAUGUCGCUAUCAGCCCGUUUCUCAGCUGUUCGCCAUCCUUCAUCUGUCAGAGGUUCUCAUUCGAGCCUUUCCUGAAAUUGAUAAAGAAUUUGGAAGAGAUGGUGUAGCAUCCAUAAGAUUGGCCACCGAAAUUUUGGCAGAAUCCCAUAGUAGUUUCCCGGUUGCUGGAGUCUUUAUGACAAUGCUUCAAGAAACUGCCAGGAGAUUUUUAACCCGAUUUCCAAACGCACUGGAAGACGUCUUUCGUUUCCGACGUCGCAAUUCGAAGUAUCAUUUGGAUGAUGCCAUGAACGCGUGUGGGGGGCCAACUUAUGUCCAGCCGAUUGAAGUAAUUCAAAGAAGGUUUUCUCCCGAUAUGCAAUCUCAAUGGAUCUUACAUGCCGCUUCUGAACAUCUCAGAUUACCUCACGAGGCAUCAACGUCACGACAGCUUUCACUGGAGGAAACGGGUGCCCAAAACCUGAUGCGAAUUCUCAAUUUACACAACACAAAGUAACACAUUCCGAUGGACAUGAAAAUCUUAACAUUUUCACCCCAAGUAUAAGAAGCAGCUGCUUUUCGAUUCUUCUUUCUUUUCUUGUUUUUUUCCCGCGCGAAAGUUCCUAAAGAGGGACUCGUGUUCGGGAAUCGUAAUUCGAAAUGAAGCUUGGAAACUUCUUCCGGUUGGGAAAGAGAAAUACCUGAGGGAAGGAUGGUCCUUUUCAGGACAUCUCCAGAGAGAGAUUUUCGAUUGAUGUUAACGCCCUUUUCGUUUCGCACGGCGAAUGUGAUCAUCGUCCCAAAUAUACGAGAGUCAAAUGACGAUGCUAUCCUUCUCAAUGAUGCAGGGGGGAAAAAGGUCCGUCCUGCAGUCUUUGCACAAAUUUCCAUCUACUCAUACGACCAUCGUCAAUCGCAAUAUUGUACUGCGCAUGAUAACGAACGACCAUCGGCUAUAUAAGCUUUG